UUAAAAAAGGUGUCCUCACAAUAGACUUUAAGGACAAAGUUGUACACUCUAAAAUUAAUAUUUUAAUAAUUACCACCCAUCAUGCCUUAAAAAAAACAUUACUAACAAAAAACAUUUUAUUUUAUAAAUUAAUAUUACAACAAAUUCAAGUUAUUAAUAAUAUAGGACACGCGUAGACCAAGCAAGACCUAGUAAGCCUAUAUAUGUAGAGCCAUACCCUUUUUCAAACCAAAACACUACAAAGUACAAACUAUUUUAAAAAAAAUGGCAAAGAAUAACGAUAUCAAUCUGGAUUUGAGUCUAAGCCAAUAUGUAGAAGAUGAUCCUUGGGUUCUAACGAAGAAGCUAAGUGACUCUGAUCUUUGCUACAGGGCUCAGCUCUAUUUACCAAAACAAGAGAUGGAACAAUUUAUACUUCCGGAGAUGGAAAAUGAUCUUGUCCGGAAAUUGGGAGCUGGCGUUGAGAUCAAACUCAGAGAUAUUGACAAUGUUAGCGACGAUUCUUACACCGUAAGACUUAAAGUACGCAACGGCCAGUAUUAUCUCGAAAAAGGAUGGCGCCUCAUAAAAAAUGAUAAGUGUUUAAAAACAGGAGAUCAUAUUGGACUCUUUUGGGAUAAGUUGACAGGAGAAUUCAAGUUCAAGCAUUCCGAAUCACAAUCCAUCGUGAAGCGGGUACUAAUUCGACACAGAAGAACAAAUUAAAGGAGAAAUAAAUACACACAAGUAUAACACAAACCAUCACAAAUGUAAGAGAAAUGUGUAUAAGUAAUCUUAAAGUAUAUAUAUUGGGGAAGCGGUCGUGUUAUCCACUUAUCCUCGUAAAAACAGCACAAUGAUAGAAAACAAUUAUGCUUCUCUUUAUGAGUUAAUCUAUGAAUAGAAACCGAGCAAAUGAAAGAACGUAAUAAGUAAAUUAAAAGAAACAUGUACAUGUGAAAAAAAGUUUUUUUUUUUUUUAACGUAUGAAUUAUGAUCAGAAUCUAGAGCAUGCGAUAAGAAGUUAUUUUAAUAAAUAUGGAGGAGAACGAUGC